CCUGCCCGGCGCCCCUUGUGCCGCGGGGUGCGAGGCGCGGGACCCGGGCGCGCGGCCCCGCGUUAAAGGAGCGAUUUUCCGCUCUUCCCGUUCCUUGCGACGCGGUUUAGAAGCGGAUAAAGCAGCCAUGUCCCCCGUUCCUCUCCAGAUGCACCCCGUGCUGAAGGCCUUCGUUUGCGGUUCCAUCAGCGGCACCUGCUCCACGCUGCUUUUCCAGCCCCUCGACCUGCUGAAGACCCGCCUGCAAACCUUGCAGCCGGCCGUGGGAGGGUCCGGUCGUGCUGGGAUGGUGACGGUACUCUUCAGGGUGGUUCGUACUGAAAGUCUUCUGGGGCUGUGGAAAGGCGUCUCUCCUUCCUUUGCAAGAUGUAUUCCUGGGGUCGGGAUUUACUUCAGCACUCUGUACACCAUGAAGCAGAAGUUUCUAGGGGACCGUUCACCCACAGCCCUGGAGUCUGUCUUUCUGGGUGCCACUGCACGUACAAUAUCUGGGAUUUGCAUGUUGCCAGUAACGGUGGUGAAAACACGGUAUGAGAGUGGAAGAUUUGGCUAUGGGAGCGUGUACGGAGCUCUGAAGAGUAUCUAUCAGACGGAAGGGGCUCGUGGCAUGUUCAGUGGGCUCACUGCCACUCUGCUACGAGAUGCACCUUUCUCUGGGAUCUACCUGAUGUUCUACACACAGACCAAAAAACUCACACCUCAGGUCCAGCUGGAUCCAGUGCUCAUGCCUGUGGUGAAUUUUGGCUGUGGGAUCUUCGCAGGAAUCUUGGCUUCACUGGCAACGCAGCCUGCUGAUGUCAUCAAAACACACAUGCAGCUGUCCCCUGAAAAGUACCGCAGGACAAGCCAGGCCAUUGCCUUCAUCUACAAGGACUUUGGGUUGGUCGGCUUUUUCCGAGGCGGUGUGCCUCGUGCCCUCAGGCGUACUCUGAUGGCAGCAAUGGCAUGGACUGUAUAUGAACAGAUGAUGGAAAAAAUGGGCUUGAAAUCCUGACUGACUUGCACUAGAACUGACCAGCCUCACUCCUUCUCCUGCUUGCUGUGACCAGCUGGCACUGGGAAGCUCCCAGUUCCAAGGAGGAAUAAGCCUUGCUCAGCUGGGAGGAAGAAAGCCCUUCUGAGACAGAGGAUUAGGCCUUCAGGGAAGUAGAAGAAAGAAAGAUCAAAUCUUUGCAUCUUUUGAUUAAUGCAUUCCAGAAGGGCUAUACUUGGGACUGCCUUGGGCAGGGUUUCCACAGCAUGGUAUCUAUGCUGAGAGAAGCCCAUUUUAAAAAUAGCUCUGUGCUUGCCAUCUUUAUGCAAUGAAAAAUUGCUGAACAAAAGUGUUUGAGGAGAAAACAGUGAGGGCAGUGUUGACUGCAGAACCUGCUUGUGUGUUCCUUGCUGUCUGGCCAGUAAGGCCACCACGAUACACCAUCUGAUGCAGAUCCUUCUUCCUCAUAUGCUUUGUUCUCCCUGGGAGUACUGCAAACUACAGUAGGAGACUGGAUAUGUCUCUUGAUGUUUAUAAUGCAAGAGUGGAUGGAAGAGAAAAGAAGCACCGAAGGAAAACUAGGAGUACAUUUCCUGUCAUCAUAUUCAUACUGUGCUUGAUAGCAGAGAAGGUAACGUGCACCUCCCUGCUGUGUUGUGUCAUUAGGUAACUGAGCAUCUUAAUACUUCAAAUACAUUUCUGUAGCUACAACAGUGUUUGCAGUGGAAUUAGAAAGAGUAAGGCACUUUAAACCAGAAGUAGAGAGCGCAUUAGUUGCUAAAUUCUACUGGUUCCCUGAAAAACACUUUUCCUGCUGGUCAGACUAUAUCAGGAAAACUUAAAUGUUUUUUAUACAGUUGUGCUAGACACUUACUCGCUUCCUGUUGCUCAUUUGCUGAUCCCUCUGCUCCUUAGAUGUAGCUUUUAAGAUCAUAGCUUCCAGAGCAUAAAUGUAUAAUGGAAGCAGAUACAGAUACUGACACUAAAUUUCCCUGAGAAGCCACUACUGACUGCAUGUGGAAUAUCUUUGGUUUGAGAGAAGAGGCUGUUCUUUUCUCUAAGCUUUCUCCAAAGUUUGAGGUGUUUGAGUGUUUGGUAGGGGCAAAGAAACCCUGCACAGAUUGUCAGGCAUUCAUUUUCUAUUAGCAGGUAGCCUGUUCUUAUUUCAGUAUUCCUGAGUUUAAACUUGGAGAUGAAAUAUAUAUAUAUAUAUAUAUUUAAUCAUCUGUGCCUUUUUUUGUCAUUCCUAUUUCAGACCCCAAAGCACCUGUCACCGGAUGUGUGGAUAUUUCUGGGGCUUUCUUAUUCUGGGGUGUGUGGUGGAUAUGUUGUACAUCUUGUAUUGUGGCUGCCAAGGGCUACGCAGGGUUGCCUGCAAGGUGAUUCUCUAAAUAUUUUAGAUGCUGAUGUAGCAAUGGGAAAGCUCUGUACAACUUGUGCAGAUAGAGGCAUAAUGAGGCACGUGAGCAAGGAAAGCUAGGUGACAAAUCUUGUACUAAGUUAUGUCCUCAUCAGAAAUCUAAAAUGCAGAAACACUUCAGUGGCUUUGAGGCCCUCUCUUUCUGCCUGGUCAAGUAACAAAGGUAGACCUAAAGAAUCUAGUCUGGCCUGCUGUUGUCUUCAAAGUCAACUGAUUUUUAUCUGGAUUCUAGCCUAAUACUGUGUUAGAUUUUUCUUCUUGAAAGGCCUUCCAUUCCCCACACUUUCUGGGGAAUGAGGAGGCUCUUCAUUGGUGCAGCAGUGUGAAAAAAUGUAUGCUUUUGACAUGUGAACUAGCCUGGGCUCUUGGAGUUUAACAAACCUAAGUUUCACCACCUGUUUCAUCAGCGCUUGGUGUUGUAAAUCCAAAAGCCUCUCUAGAUAUGAGCCAGUGAGUUUUGUCAUGUGAGUUGGUCUUUAUUUCUCUGUUAUUGAUUCCCUUACAUAUGGGAUAAGAGAGAGUCCGAGGUUCUGCUUUGUGAUCUGAAAUCUGUAUCAAUAGGCAGGAAGACUCAGCUUCCUCAGCUCUGAUCCUUACUACCCCUCACCCUUUUACUCUCUUCAAAAACAUUCUGUUUCUAGAGUGAUUUGUUCAAGUUACUUUUUGAUAGUUAUACCAAGUCAAAAACAAGUGUUUGGGGUAUAUUGCUUGUGAUGUUCUAUGCCUCUAAUGAACAACAAAUUAUUGUUGUACAGCCUAAAUGCAAAUAAAAACCAAAGAAAAUUCCAGAGGCAGGUACUGAGUCUCCUGUCUGCAUAACCCCUGCAUUUCAGUGCUAACAAUCCCAGCAGAUAAUCAUUGACAAAGUCAGUUUAGCCUGGAUUUUGGAGAAGCUGGGGUGAUAGUGUGAGCUUUUUCAGAUUGCCAGAUCACCAUCAGACCCCUCUCCCAAUGACCUCACUUGUUGGCAAUUCAAUCUUACUGAACGUGCAUUGAUUCUGUUAUUCCUGCAGCUGUGCUCUAAGAACACAACUGGUUAACAGGUGGAGGCAGUCAACCUGAAAAUUAUAAAGAUACAGGAGAAAUAGUCUGAUUGUUGGUCUUGUGUUAUUUCCACACUGCCUGUAGUGUUUUGGUUGUUUUUUUUUUUCUUUUUUUUUUUCUUCUCGCACUGUUUUUAAACAGAAGUGGAGCUUUGGGGCAGAGUACAGGUUCGAGUAUUUUGAGUGUAUGUUUACAUGAAAUAUUUAUGUGAUAAGGAAUAUAUUUAUAUUAAAAGCUGUGGUUACCAAAAUUAA